AUGGCCACUGGUUCAAUCAUCCCAAAUAUUGAGGACUGGGUCGCCUGGCUUCAGGAAAAUGGCAUGCCUCUGAUGCCAAAUCGCAAGCCGUCGCCAACCAUUGCGUCCAUCAAUGGACCCUCUUCUCUGCCAUACGGCACCAUGCCCAACUACCAAAAAUGCGCCGGCUGUGGAAAGGGCGGCUGUACUUUGGCCUGCUCUGGCUGCAAGAUCACUGACGUAGGCCAUCUCCGAGUCCACUACUGCUCAAGCGAAUGCCAAAAAGCCGGCUGGCUAUCCCACUGGAAAGUAUGCAGCUCCCGACAGCAGCUCGCUCGCGCUGUUUCUAUUCUUACCGGGCUAUGGGCGGCCCUGCAGUCCAGUACCUAUGCUGAGAGAUGCGAUUUCUCCUCCGAGGAAAACGGCCUCAUCGCGGCUGAAACUUGGAAAAACGACGAAGAUCGUCGAUGCUACACUGGUGCCUCGUUUGUUAGACGCUUCCCAGAUGAUGUGAUCCCUACCAAUAUGAGCGCAAAGGCAGAGAAAGCUGUGCUUUUUGAUAAAAAUGCGGAAGAAAUCACCUCGACUGGAAUGCCUUGGGUUAAAACCUUUCUCCAACCUUUCUGCAUGAAAAUUGAAGAGAUAGAUAUCAACAUCAAGAACCCAGCUCUCAUGAUCGGGUCGCUAAAGUUCACUACACACAAUGUCUUACGUGUAACAACCAAGACAGGCGAGGUCCUCGCCAUAGAUAUUUCAGGCGCGCGAUAUGUGUUCCGCCGCUACCGCAUCGAUACGAUCCUGCUAGAAUGCGCAAUCGGGAAUGCGACGAGGCGGGCCGCUGUUCAACUGUUCGUGUUAGUCCCGGAGAAUCCUGAUGUCGUCCUAUUCAGGAGACGCGAAAGUCUUAUCAAUCACAUAACCGAGGGAAUUGAUCAUUCGAUCGCGAGCUUCCCUGGAGGCAUAAACUCGUUAAUGCUGUCCCCCCAAGGGCAUUUUGAGGAUUUCCAACACCUGAUCAUCCGCAACGCCAAGCGCUUCAUGGAUGAUGCCUUACCACUUCUUCAUCGAGCAGGAGUGGGCCGAAUGUUUUUCGACGAUGUCCUCGGUAACAAUCAAUUGUCUCCUGCGAUUACGCCUCAUGCAAAAUAUGCUAAACCCCUUAAGAAGGUCUGGUUCACGGAGGCUGAGAUGACAUCAUUCAAGGAUGAUCAAUCUCUCAAGAAGAUGUGGAUGUGUAGAAUGGCCAAGCUACACAAGGAGAAGUGUGACCAAAGGCAUCCAUGGAUGGUUGAAUGUGUGAAAUAG